UGCUUAAGUCAAUAUGAGAAUAUGAUAGUCAUCGUUUAGUCCAUUUCUAGCAGAUAGUGUCAUCAACAGUAUUAAAUCUUGGGGAAAGUAACGGGAUCAUCCAAGGCAGUGUAGAGAGAGAGAUAGCGAGAAAAGCAAAUUAUCUAAAUAACAAAAUUUUAGCUAAUUUCAGGCUAUAUUUAGUUUGGUUUUGAAUUUGUACUGGAAGGAACAUGUUCAGUUGCUCACUUAAGUGAAUAACUCUUUUGUGUUCACUAGACUAGUGCACACUAGACAGCACUGACAUCGGAGCUUAGUCGAAUGCCGCUGUCUGUAUGCCAAAAAUUGUCGCAAGAAUUUGUUUGAGUUUAAGAAGAGUGAAAUUGGUCGCCAUUGAUCGCCUUGGAUUCUAGCCACCUAAAAUUGAAGUGCGUAAAUCAGAAAUAUCGCAAUGAGCUCUUGGUACUUGGAGCACGUAUUAACUGGGAAGCGAGUGGACCUCCCAAAUGGGAAGGUCACAAUUGGCCGCAACUCGGCCUGCAGCAUUGUUUUGAAUUAUGACUAUAUGUCGAGGCGGCAUGUGGAGAUUACUGUUAGACCGAACAAAGUGUUGGUCAAAUGCUUGAAUGCUGCGAAUGGUGUAUUUGUGAAUGGCGCGAUCAUUAAGAAGAAACUGAAGGGCGUGCCUGUACGUGAAGGGGAUUUAAUAUGCCUGGGCUGUCCAGCUGCGGAGAAGGUUUCCAGCCCCGCCUUCAGAUUGAAAAAGGGGCCAGUCAAGACGGGGGAAAUUGAGCAAUUAAGCGAUUCGGACGACGACUCAACUCCUCUGCCGGCUCUAAAGCCUGUUACUGAAAUUCCAAAUGUGGCAAACGAUAAUGCUGCCUCAACUGUGGCUGACAAACAGACGGAUGAUCGGAACAUCCACCUGCCAAAGUUGCCACAAGUUAAACCGGAGUUGGAAACGAUAACACAAGAUAUAGCAAACAUCUUUGGGGAGGCGGAUGAGUCCAUUAUAGGUAGUAUUCUGGAGAUAAACCCGUAUUUAUACAAUCAUUUGUUGAAAGAAAAGCAAGCAGUACCAAUCUCGAGGCUACAAGAUGGUCAAUUUAUUGAGCUGGAUGGGAAUGAGAACAAACCGGAGGAUCCGCCCUGUCCUGACAGCAGCACGCUAUCGCCCUGUCCUCCUCCUCCGUCGUUGGGGGACUCCGAUAAGCACAUGGCCAUGUCCCUGGAGGUCCGUCAAGACAAGGAGAAGACAAAUAAAAAUAGUUCGCCCUUGUCUUCGACUAAUGACGGUGACAUCAUUCAGAUCUCUGACAGCGAUGAUGAAGACCUCCACAGCCAAAAACUACCCGACAGCUCGUCAACGACUUGUCAAUUUCAUAUGAAGCCAACAAAGGUGCUCAGCAGUCUGGAUUGCAGCGAUCCCAAAUACUCCAAGCCACGCUGCAUUGAUUCCCGCUCAGAUGAGACGGACUGCACAUCGUCAUCGAAACGCUCAAGGUCUGUGCGCAGGUCUGAAGAAAAAGGUGUGUCAAGCUUAUCCAAGAAGUCCAAAAUUGUCAAGCCCGGAGAAUUAAUAAGUAUAGAUAUUUCUAUAGAGAUCGGGUUGAAAGCUACAAAAAUCAAAGCCCCUUUAAUGGAGAAUGCUGAGCCAAUGGAAUAUUCUUCAAUGAGGAAAGCUGGCACUACCUCAGUAAAUAUUAGGUCAAAAGAGAAUGAGCCACCACCUAUGCCAAAAGAAUAUCCCUCGAAAAGGGAGAUCAAUACUCGCCUUCGCAGCCGUGCCACUUCGUGCUACUACCCAAGACCCCAAGACAAACCUAACUUGGCAACACGCAAUCUCAACGGCAUGGACAUGAGGCGGAUUGAGGCUCCCUCGGUGCCCCAGUAUCGUGACAAACUGCGAGGCGUUUCGGCUGUGCCCAAAGAUGAUAAUAAUAACAAUGCCCCAUGCAAGGGGAAGCCCAAAGCGAAGGAUAUGUUAGAUGACGAAACGGAGUCGUUCGGAAAACUGACUGAGCAGAAGCCGGCCGACAGCACUUCCGAGCUGUCGGGCAGCAGGAAAAGAAAAGCCACAACCACUGUGCCAAGAGUAAGGAAUGCCAAUCGUGGUGCUUUCCUCACUGUGGGCAUCGAAAGACCCAACAUGGACUUCAAGCGAGUCAGGAACCGACGUGCCACUAUUUGCGCUGAAGGUUUCAUACAGCAGAUGCAGCCUACUGAUUUUCUGCCCAGUCGAAACGGUUGUCCGCCAGAGCGUAAAGAUGCCGAAAAUGCAAUAAAUCGCCGAACCAGCAAUCGCGUCACCUUUGCCAGCAUGGAGAAGGAUCUGGAAGAGAAGUUGAGGUUUCAGAAUAUGUCGAAGAAAAAGGGUGAUGAGCUGCUAUACUGCAGCACCUAUGUCGAACGACGUAAACAAUGGUCGCGCGAUCAGGUGAACGAUUCAGCGUCCUACGUCAAGAGCAUCCUCAAGUGGGCAAAUCAAUGGCUGAAGCAGCGGAAUGUAGGUGCCGUUGUCGACUCAGAUGUCCUGAAGCCCAUAGCUGACGAAUUCGAGACGGUCAAGCAGUACAAGAAAAUAUUUGUGCCAUUGAUGAAACUGGAUUUGUUGACCACCAUCAAAAGGGACUACAAGUUGAAGAGGGAGCCAAUUGAGGUGCACCUGCAACAUCCUGUUGAGAAAAUUGAUUCAUUUUACUGCCUGACUACGCGAGUGUUCACUAAGCCGACAGAAAAGUGUAUGCUCUACACUCUUUCGAGUGGCAAAAAGCUCAAGGAGACGUUCGCUAUUCUUCGGGGGCAAAGAACAGAAAAUGACCAUGAGCUGAUUUUCGAAAUCUUAACGGAUGGUAUUUCUCUGGAGACAUUUAAGGGGAUAAAACUCUUGACUGCCCGCCCGGUGGUGGACAACUUGGAUCUGGAACUGGGCGCCCUGCAAGCUGUGGAUCAGCUGUCCCAUUCGCCACUCCAUCGAAAGAUUAUCAAGCCCACCGAAAUGCUGAAGAAUACCCAGAUACCCGGCUAUGACACACCGUGUGUUUUCAAGGGUUUAGCCAAGCUCAACCCUCAACAAGAGGCUAUCUGCUCAAGCACGUAUCAACGCGUCAUACACGAUGAAAUUCCAAGCAUUACGCUUAUUCAGAGUUCCACAGACGCAGGUAAAUCCCUGAUUGCGAAUAUCAGCAUGCAGUGUCUGUAUGGAAGGGUAGCCAUACAAAAGGAUCGCAAGAUACUAAUCUGUUCCCACUCAAACACGGCCGUCGACUCAAUUGUAUUCCGUCUUCACAACGUGCAAGAAAAGUACAAAGUUCAUAUGCUUCGCUAUGGGCCGUAUGAAAAGAUGAAUACUCUGUCGCGCCAGUACUCGCUGGAGCGUAAGUACCAGAGUGCCGAGGCUCACAAAAAGAAACGAGUGCUUACCGAAAAGCGAGCGAAUCUCCAACAGAGGUACAAUGACUUAAAAGUGGAGGUGAACUUGAUGAAGAAGAAAAAGAAGCACGAUGGCCCCCGGCCGUUUGAUAUGUACGAGAAGAAGGUGAAGCAGAUGAAGGCCUUGGAGGAGCAGCUUAAUCCUCGAUUAACAUAUGCCGAAAAGCUCGAUAUUGCUAAAUCUCAUAUAGAAGCAGCCAACAUUGUGUGCACCACCCUCUCCUCGUGCGUGGAGCUGGGCAGUUUAAUUAACUACUUUGAUAUCUGUUUAAUUGAUGAGGCAACACAAUGCACCGAACCUUGGACCCUGCUGCCGAUGCGUUUCGGCAUUUUGCACCUGGUAUUGGUGGGUGAUACACAGCAGUUGCCUGCCGACGUGCUCUCCCAUAAGGCCGCCGAUCUCGGUUUGGCCAAAUCAAUGUUCGAUCGCCUCCAUCGGAGCCUGGACAAGCAAGAGGUGGACCAGCCGGAUGGCCAUCUGUCCGCUCUUCACUCUGAACACGCAGUGCGCAGAGAAAGAAUCGAGUGAAUAAUUGUUUAUUUUUUCUUCAUAACACUGCCAGGAAACUUCGAUCGCAUCCAGCGGAGCCUGGACAAGCAAGAGGUGGACCAGCCGGAUGGCCAUUUGUCCGCUCUUCACUCUGAACACGCAGUGUGCAGAGAAAGAAUCGAGUGAAUAAUUGUUUUUUUUUUCUUCAUAACACUGCCAGGAAACGGUCCACCAAAAAUAUAUUUUCAUAACUGUUAUUUUUAGUUGGAUUUAUAAUCACGUUCUCAUUAUUUUAUAAUAAAACUAUAAAACAUUGAUAGAGCACUUAAA